AUGAGCCAGGAGCCGAGGACCGCAGGGCUGGGUCAAGGAUUGCCGCCGACCGAUAUACACGCCGUUAGUGUUUCCCUUCCGAAAUGGCAAGAUACUGUCGGCUGGGCCACCAAAGAUCCCCAGGUCCUCGCCCACUUGACAACGGGAUACCCUAGAUUCUACAUUCACCCGCUCGUCCAAAGAUUGGCUACAUUGCUUCUGCAGUUGUUGCUCCAAGAUGAGGCCGCGGCGAGCUCCAUCGAGCAUGUGUAUGGGCAAGAGUCGAGAGCAACCGCUACCGCCGUGCUAUUUCCACAUGCGACCUUGGGCGUCUGUUGUCGGGAUUACUUGCGGCGGGUUGUGUCGGACACUUCAAUCAAGGAUGCAGUUCUUGCUUUCCAAGUCAACUUUGCUGGUGAAGUCCAAAAUAUCCAUUCUGGAGUUGUCACGUCAACCGCAGAUGCGUUCCAGCGCCUUUGUGUCGUAGUCUUCCCCCAUCAUCUGUUCGAGGAAGCCAAGGCGUUCUGGCAACAUACGGGAUUUGGGAUGACAAGCCGACAUGCUCUUUACUGGCUGGAGCAGGCGCCUUGUCUCCCUGGGGCCGGGACCAGCAGUCAUCCAGACACCAAGUUGCCCCUGGGCGACGCAAAGCAAGCUGUAACCAAUAUCAGGGACCAAAUAUCGGGAUUGCUGUCAUCAGAGACCAGAAAGAUGACGCCCGAAGAUGUGUUUCUAUACCCGAGUGGCAUGUCUGCAAUAGCCCACUCCGCGUCGGCUCUUCAGGAGUCGUACAGGUGCUCAUCUGGCGCAUUUCGAAUUGCUGUUUUUGGCUUCCUAUAUGUAGACACGUUCAAAGUUCUCAGCAAGGUCAAACAAAUCGAGUGUGUCCUCUACGGACAUGCGUCCCCAGCGGACAUGGACCAGCUAGAACGGAACCUCCAGGACGGCAUGGAGAUACACGCCCUUUAUACCGAGUUCCCGGGGAACCCUCUCCUCGGCUCGCUCGACCUCAGACGCCUGUAUAAGCUCUCACAGACGUUCAACUUUCACGUCGUCGUGGACGAUACUGUCGGCACAGCAGUCAACUUGGACCUCGUCCCCUUUUGCGACAUGAUAUGCACAAGCCUUACCAAAAUGUUCAGCGGGGCCUGCAACGUCAUGGGCGGCAGCUUAACCAUAUGCCCUGGCUCCAAGUCCAAAAGCGUGCUACACGACACCUUGACACGCCAAUACACCGACACAUACUUUCCCCUCGACUUGCUUGUCAUGGCCCAAAACAGCAAGGACUUUGUGGAGCGUGUCCACGUUGCUAAUCAGAACGCGGAGGCGAUAGCCGCAAAGUUGAGGAACCAUCCGGUUGUGGACACGGUAUUCUAUUCCAAGGGCAGCGCCACGCAACAUUUGUAUGACGGGUACCGGCGCCGACGACGGCAAACUGGGAAAACAGGCGAGGACGCGCAGGCGCAGGCCGGCUAUGGUUAUUUGCUCUCAAUCCGAUUCGUCAAGGAUUCGGCGGCCAUCGCCUUUCACGAUGCCUUGGAUGUGGCCAAGGGUCCAAGCCUUGGCACCAACUUCACCUUGUGUUGUCCGUACACGUUGCUUGCGCAUGCGUCGGAGCUGGAGUGGGCGGCAAAGUUUGGCGUCGUCGAGCAUUUGGUUCGAUUGAGUGUGGGAAUUGAGAAGCGAGACGAGCUGGAAGAGGCGGUGGACAGGGCAUUGGAGGCGGCUGCAAAGGCGGCAGGAGCUGAAAUGGUGGCUUUGGGUGAAGAGUCGAAACCGGGGCUCGCCGUGGCAUGA